AUGCGCGACGACUACGACCAUCUGCUGCUAGCAAGAGCGAUGCAGCGGUCUGCUGUGGUGGUGGGCCUCGUGGCCUGCUGCUUCCUUUUUCUCCUCACCCCGUGCCACGGCGGGGAGAUCAGCAUUUCGGUGGAUCAAGUCAUCUUCACCAAUUAUGUCGGCAACAGUUCCCCACUGACAACGGUGCGGAUCCAGUUGCAAGUGAUAGGCCACAAUGAACAGGUCCAGUUCCCCUCGAAAAACACCAACAGCGAUGUCUGGAACAACCAGCAGUGGCGCUCCUUCUCUGCAGACGACUUUGAUGCAACGGGCCAAGUCAUUGUGACCUACUCAUACGACGCAAACCCCGAUCAAAUCGACUUCGACUUCCGCCUGAGAUUCCGCCCGACCAACCUUUGUAAUGCAAACGCCUGUAAGGACUUUGGCACGUGCACAUGCAUCAGCGAUCGCGAAGUCAGGUGUGACUGCGUGGGAGAGGUGUUUGAGGACAGUUGUCCCUCCGUCAGCAGUAGCCCCACCAGCAACCCGUGCAACCGAAACGUGUGCGGCAGCACCUGCCACUGCAUCACCACAGACGACAACUAUGACUGCCUUGCGCUGCCGUUGUGUCCCGACCCGUGUACGCAGAACAACGGCGGCUGUGGGGAUAAUUCCAUGUGCAGUGUGGCCUCUGCUCGCGUGCACUGCGAGUGCGUGGCUGGAUACAUGUCCAUGAGUGGCGACGGCGAUGACUGCCAGCUCAUCACCUCUACUUCGACGUCGUCUUCCUCAACCACGUCCACAAGCACAAGCACAAGCACAAGCACCUCCACAUCAACGUCAACAUCAACGUCAACAUCAACAUCAACGAGCACUUCCACAAGCACCACCACGAGCACUUCCACCUCAACCUCCACAAGCACUUCGACAAGCACCUCCACUUCAACAUCAACGUCAACAUCAACGUCAACGUCUACAAGCACAAGCACGAGUACAUCAACAACAUCAUCAACCUCUACGUCUACAUCCACAUCCACAUCCACAUCCACAUCCACAAGCUCCUCCACAUCCACAUCAACAUCCACAUCCACAUCCACAAGCUCGUCCACCUCCACAUCAACAUCCAACGCCACGACAACUCAAGCGGCAGCGCAAACGACAGCUGCGUCAGCGUCGUCAUCAUCUUCUUCUGCCUCCAUCACCACCAUUGGCAUUGCUGCUGGUGCGGCCGGUGGUGCGCUGCUGCUUGUUGUCCUCGUGCUGCUGCUGGUGAGGCGACGACGGCGCAAGCGUUUCCAGCAACACGGGGCUGGUGCCUUUGAAGAGGUGGCCACCGUCCCGCCCAUUCUCAAUCCGCUCUUUGCACCCCCUAACAAGAGCAGCGAAUGCAGCGGGCCCAAUGCUGGCGCGUGCCUGCAGGCAAGGGAAGCGUGGACAAAGACAUCAGGUGCGCAGCAGGCGAGUCGGCUCCCACGUGCUGGUGGCAGCAGCCACAACAAGAAUGCGGCACCCCACAAUGAGAUGCUGAAGCAGCGAGGCAACAUUGCAGCCAAGUCGCCACCACCGCCAGUUGUUACCAGCGACACCAGCAGCAACGACACUAAUGUCGACGAGGUGCCUGAUUAUGGCACCCCGCUGUGGUUGCCGAGCGCCUCGUCAGCCGGCGCUGGCGGCGUUGUGCCGCAGGAAAAGCGCAUGCCAAGCGCAGCUGUGAAGCCGCAGCGCGGCGUACAGCAAGCACGGCCGCGCAAACACAAGCAGCCGCCAAAGCGGUGGGAGAUCCAGCGGAAACCCUCCCCACAACAGCAGGAACAUGGGCGUGAUGGCAACGAAGAGCAACGCCAGCAGCAGCAGAACCCAGCAAAACCGCCCGCGCGGAAGCAGCAGCGACGGGGGCUGGCAGCCGUGACGGCGGCAGGAUUGCGGGCACGAGCACGCGCGGGGCUUCCGUCAAGCGGCAGUUUGAUACUCGACGAUGUGCUCGCCACAGCGGAGUUGCAUGGGCUGUCCUCAUCCGAGACAGAUGACAGCUCACUGCCGCAUGUCGCUUCAAGCACGGAAGCGGAGCUGCCCACGUAUGAUCGCUUGGAUGCGUGCACGACUGCACAUGCACCGACCGAUCAGCCUCAGCAAGUGCCGCGAGAAAGGCCGCCAAGGAGCAGCCAACACCAGCGCAAGCGACAGCAGGGCGAUCAACAGCGGGGUCGCAGGCCUGGGGCGCACCAACAGCAGCAGUCAGAUUCGAAGCAGCCAAGGCAGCAGCAGCGGCACAAGCAGCACAAGCAGCAGCAGCACAAGCAGGGACGACGUCCACGACAACAGCGCAAGCAACAGCACACGCACAAUCCGAGUCAGCCUCGCCCUCAACAGCAUGCGAGCGCGCAGAAACCAAAGCGCCUCCAAGCAAGCGAACAGCAACAACAGCAAGGGUACGAUGUUCUGUCGGGGCCGCACCAGCGUGCCCGCAUGCAGGCUGAUGAGCAUGAUGUGCACACGUAUCAUCACCUUGGGGUGAGAGCAGAGGAGGCUGCGAUGAUUGCCGCCAUCCAAGCAGCUAAUCAAGACCCGCAGCAACAGGCAGACUACGAUGUGUUGGCUCGCCCACAACGGCGAGAGGAUGCAACUCCUGUGGACGUUGGUGGCCACAGUGACACGACCUAUGAUCGUCUUGAUGCAGCCCUGAGCAACAGCCAUGUUGGCAGCGACACAUACGACCGGCUGGAAGGCGUUUCCACGACGCCAAUCCGAAACAGCAGCAGCAGCAGCAGCAGCAAUAACAGAGGUGGUGGUAAUGGUGGCGUGGAUUAUGAUCGCCUUGAUCGCGUGGCAGAGCAGCCGGAAUACGAUGUGCUGGCGGGACCACAUCACCGCGCGACGCGAGGAGGAGGGAGUUCCGCAGGUUACGCGACAGAGCCCAGCACCAGCAUCACGACCACCACCACUACCGCCAGCACCAGCAACAUGUACGACCGUCUUGAUGCAGCGCGCGCUGCUGACGUUGCGGAGUAUGAUGUCCUGUCUGAACCGCACAGCCGCGUGCCCAUGUUCAGGCGACAGCAACAGCCUGCAGGCAAACAUGACAAGCGUGAUGGCGGCACCACAUCGGAUAACGUGUACAGCCACCUCACAGACCACGAGACGUCCACGUCCAUUUGAAUUGUGCCUGUGUGUGUGUUGUGUUGUUUCUGUGUUUGUGUGUGUGUGUGCGUGUGUGUG